ACGGAUUGCUGGUCGACUUUAACGAUUCGCAACAAUGUCCUCUACUACCACAACAACACAAACAACGUCUCAGGUGGAGACCAAGGCGGUUUCCAAGCCCCUUGGCAUGAGGGUCAAUGGAAAGCAAUGGCACGCCCCCAAAAAGGCCUUCCGUCCCGGCUCCGGGUUGACAUCGUAUGAGAAACGCGCAAAGGAGAGGCAGUUGCUUGCGGCUGUCAAGGCUAAGGAGAAGGAGCUUAAGGAUGAGAAGGAGGCUGAGCGCAAGAGACGCAUCGAAGCCCUCAAGGAGAAGCGGGCAAAGAAGGAGGAGAAGGAACGUUACGAGAAGAUGGCCGAGAAGAUGCACAAGAAGAGGGUGGAGAGGCUCAAGCGCAAGGAGAAGCGCAACAAGCUUAUCAACUCUUGAACGAGGAGGCUGUGAACGGCACUCAGGACAUGCGGAACACCACGUCUCACUCCUUUCCGUCCAACGAUGGGUACCGAACCGAAUCACCGGCCUCGCCGUUCUACCAAUGCCCGAAAGACGAAAGCCAAACCCCCUUCGCAGCGCGGCGUCUUCCUCGGCAAAUAUGAUGGUAGCGGCGUUACUUUAUUUUGAAUGAGUGUCUAUAAUGGCAUGGCAUAAUUGGAGUUGGAAGUUCGCAGCAGCCACGGAAGGCCGUGGUUUGUCAGGAAGAACUCAGCGGACAGGGCGGAUGGAUGAGAAACAACCCGGAAAAACAACGCCAAAAAGAAAGGCGUACAUCAAUGACUAGGUACUGCGGGUGAUAAGGGACCACAGCAAUAUUCUGAUACCCCAAGCAAUUCUUACACGGAACAUAACAAAAAGCUUACCAUUACC